CGGGGCUGCCAGGGCCUGCGACGGGACGGCCGACGGACGGGGCGCGAGUGCAGCCAUGACGCGCGGCAACCAGCGCGAACUGGCGCGAAGCAAGAACAUGAAGAAGCAGACGGACACGGGCAAGGGCAAGCGGCGCGACGACGGGCUCUCCGCUGCCGCCCGCAAGCAACGAGACUCUGAAAUCAUGCAGCAAAAGCAGAAGGCCGCCAAUGAGAAGAAGGAGCCACCACAGCCAAAAUAGGAUCUGGCGAAAACAAGAGGGCCAAACCCGGCCUAGGCUCCCGUGCCCUCGCUAUCAUGCUUUGCUGCUCUGGCUUGUAACCGCGACGGAACUGUAGUGGCCCACAGGGCUGUUCUUCUUGCUGAGCACGCCUGCGGCAGCACCCUGAUCACACAAAUGCUUGAAUUGGUAUGCAUCAUUAAAAUAGCUUUUCCAUUUG